AAUUACCUCAAAUGUCAUAAGUUGAGGAAGAAGAUUAAAGGUUGUUUUCUGAUGAUUCAAUCUAAGAGGAAGAUGAAGAUGAAAGUUAAAAGUUAAAUAAUGAUGAUAUUUGGAAAGUACUUCAUAUGUUUUUUUAAACCCAUGGAUUGGUGUCUUAAUAGAUAAAUUCAUAUGAAAGCUUUGUAGAAAAUAUCAUCAAGUAUGUUAGAGGUCACGAGGGGACAUUUGUAGUAAGAGUAAAACCUUAGUAUAAGGAAGAGGAGAGAAUGGAUGGUAAUAAAUAAAUUAAUAAAAUUUAGCAUAGACUGAAUAUUUAUAUUAAUUCUAAAUAAUAAGAUGCUUUAUGGGAAAAAAGAAUAUUCAUAUAGAUAAAUUUGAAGAGGAAAUAUAUCCAAUGAUUGCAAGAUUAAGAGAUUUGACUUAUUCAAGAUAAUUAAAAAUCGAUUUAGAAGUGACAAUGUAGUAGAGAAAUAAACGUGAUGGUUCAAUUGAAGAGAAAAGUAAAUAAACAUUUAAAGGUUUGCCAUUUUUUAAACUACCAAUAAUGGUUCGAAGUCGAUUUUGUUCAUUACCUAAAGAUCCAAAAGAUCCUGAUUCUAUAUAGUAGAGAAUAUUAAGUGGUGAAUGUGGAUUUGAUUAGGGUGGAUAUUUUAUAUUAAGAGGAUCAGAAAAGGUUAUAGUAGCAUAAGAGAGAAUAGCAAACAACGUAGUUUUGGUUUUCAAAAGCAAAAUAGUUAAUAAGCCUUGGGUAGCAGAAAUAAGAUCUUAACCUGAUUUGUGGUCUAAUCCAAAUAAUUUUAAGGUUGAAUUAAGAUACAUCUAAAAUACACCUGUAAUAAGAUGUAGUGUGAAAUAAUUUAAUUCCACAUAAGGAAUACCAUUGUUUACUCUUUUUAGAGCUUUAGGAAUUAGUAGUGAUUUAGAAAUCUUAGAGAGAAUAGUGUAUAAUUUGGAGGAUGAAUAGAUGGGUCCUAUGUUAGAAAUGCUAUAUGGAUCAUUGUAAGAAGGAGGUGAAUAUGAGGAUGAAGAAUUAUGUUUAAGAUGGAUAGGUAAUAAAAUAAAAAAAGCUGAAAAUUAAGAUCCAGAAACUUUAAUAUAGGAAGCUAAGAAAUUAAUUAACAAAAAUAUUUUACCUCAUAUAGGAGUUUCAUCGGAGAGUAGAGAUAGAAAAGCAUAUUUUAUUGGAUAUAUAGUUCAUAGAUUAUUGAAUGCAUCUUUAGGAAAAACAGAUUAAGAUGAUAGAGAUCAUUAUGGAAAAAAAAGAUUAGAUAUGGCUGGUGCUAUGAUGAUGGGUGUUUUUAAGACAUCUUUUGAAUCAUUUAAAUAAAAUGCUAAAAAAGCACUUGAAAAAUAUAUAAAUGGAGGAAGAAGAGGAAAAGGUCAAUAAACAAAAAUUGAAAAUAUGAGACAACCAGAUGAUAUUAAAUCAUUUUUUGAUGGAGAAUAGAUAUCAAAAGAUAUUGAUAAUGCUUUGGCAACUGGUAAUUGGGGUAGAAGUAAAGAGGGAUAAGUUGUUAAAACAGGAGUUGCAUAAACUUUGAAAAGAGAAACAUCUCUAUUUGCAACUUUAAGUCAUUUAAGAAGAAUGAAUGCUCCAAUUAAUCCAUAAAUGAAAUUGAGUAAACCAAGAUAAUUGCAUAAUACACAUUUUGGAUUUAUUUGUCCAGCAGAAACACCUGAAGGAUAAAAAAUUGGAAUCGUUAAAAAUUUGUCAUUAAUGACUGCUGUUUCAAAUGAUCUUUAAUAAAAAGAUAAAGAAGCCUUAUUAAGAUUGAUAAUGGUUAUGAAAUAAGAUGUUUUUGAUUUUUAAUUGUUAUAAGGGGAAUUUUAGGCAUCAGAUAUUCCUAAAAUGACAAAAGUUUUAGUUGAUGGUAAUUGGAUUGGAUUUACGAGAAAUCCUGAAUAAUUUAUAUAAGAAUUCAAAAAUUUAAGAUCAGCCGAAGAAAGUUUUAUUCCUAUUGAAGUUUCUAUUAAUUUUGACUAUGUUAACAAAGAAAUCAGAAUCUACACAGAUGCUGGUAGAUGUAUGAGACCAUUAUUUAUUGUUCAAGAUAAUAAAUUAAAAUUAAAGAAAAAUUAACUUAAUUCAUUUAGAGAUUGGGAAUAAUUAUUAUAAAAUAAAUGUGUUGAAUUAUUAGAUGUUGAAGAAGAAGAAGGAUCAUUAAUUGCCAUGGAUCUUAAUAUUAUGAGCAGAGGAACAUCAAAUUUUAAAAGAUAUACUCAUUGUGAAAUUCAUCCAUGUAUGAUGUUUGGAGUUUGUGCUUCAGUUAUACCAUUUGCAAAUCAUAAUUAAGGACCUAGAAAUACUUUACAAAGUGCUAUGGGAAAAUAAGCUAUGGGAUUAAAUUCUACAAAUUUUAAUAUAAGAUUUGAUACUCUUGUGCAUAUUCUCCAUUAUCCUUAAAAACCAUUAGCAUCUUCUAAGGCUGUUGAUUUUAUUACAGUUAAUGAAGUACCAAUAGGAAUCAAUUGUGUUACUUCAAUUGCUUGUUUUACAGGUUAUAAUUAAGAAGAUUCCAUCAUUAUUAAUUAAUAUGCAAUUGACAGAGGAUUCUUUAGAUCUGUCUUUUAUAGAACUUACAAGGAAUCUGAAGAUAAAGAUCCUGAUAAUUUUACUGAAACAAAAAUUACAAAACCAAUUGGGGAUAACUUUGCAGGAAAAUUAUUUAUAAAAUUAGAUAGUGAUGGAAUUGUACCACCAGGUACUAAAGUAGAUGAAGAGGAACCUAUUAUUGGAAAAGAAUUAAUCAUUGAUAAUAUUAUGUUAAAUACAGCAAAUGGAUAAAAGAAUACAAAGGAAUGUUCAUUACUAACAAGAAGAGCAGAGAGAGGUGUAGUAGAUUCAGUUUUAAUAAGUGAAAAUUAGAAAGGAUAUAAAUUAGUAAAGGUUAAAGUAAGAUCAUUGAGAAUUCCUUAAAUUGGAGAUAAGUUUUGUAGUAGACAUGGUUAAAAAGGUACUUGUGGAAUGACUUAUCGAUAAGAAGAUUUACCAUUCACUUUAACUGGUAUAUCUCCAGAUUUAACUAUUAAUCCACAUUGCAUUCCAUCAAGAAUGACUAUUGGUAUUUAUAUUAUUAUAUAUCUAAAAUAGGGCAUUUAAUUGAGUGUCUAUCAUCAAAAUUAGCAUCAAUAAAAGGUUAAUUUAAUGAUGCUACUCCAUUUGCUUAAAUUUCAGUAAAUGAUAUAGCUAAAGAAUUACAUGAAGUAGGAUGGUAAAAAUGGGGUAAUGAAGUUAUGACUAAUCCAUAUUCGGGUAACAUGUUCCAAAUUCCAAUUUUUGUUGGACCAACAUAUUAUUAAAGAUUAAGACAUUUAGUUGAUGAUAAAAUGUAUGCUCGUUCUAGAGGUCCUGUUACUGGAAUUACAAGAUAACCUACUCAUGGUAGAAGUAGAAAAGGAGGUUUGAGAUUUGGUGAAAUGGAAAGAGAUUGUAUUAUAUCACACGGUAUUAUUAUUAUGUUUAAUUAUUUUUAUAGGAACUGCUAAAUUUUUAAAAGAAAGAACUUAUGAUGUAUCUGAUGCAUUUAGAGUUCAUGUAUGUUCAAAAUGUGGAUUGUUUGCAGUUGCUAAUUUAGAGAAUCAAGAGUUUUAUUGUAAUAUUUGCAAGAAUUCUAAUCAAUAAAAUUAAAUUUACUAAGUUUUAAUUCCUUAUGCUGCUAAGACAUUGAUUUAAGAGUUAAUUUCAAUGAAUAUUGCACCUAGAUUGAAAUUUGAUUAAUCAAAAUUAAAACAUGAAAUAUGAAUUAUGG